CCACGGUACCAUAAAUACCUUCUUCCCGCCUGCUUGCCAUGAUGGAUUUUCUUCUUCCUCAUCGCACUCCUUUGCUCUCUUUCCUACCCCAUCCAGUCUCUCUUUAAUCAGUUUCUCCUGUUGAUCCAGGUUUUCAUUCAUUUCAUCAAAAUGCAUUUCAUCAAGUCCUCUAUCUUGGCUGCCACCAUGGGCGCUGCGCUGGUCGCAGCUGCUCCCACCGACAUCGAGAAGCGCUCCAGCUGUACCUUCACCGAUGCCGCCAAGGCCAAGUCUGGCAAGACCUCUUGCUCGACCAUCUACCUCAACAACAUCGAGGUUCCCGCUGGUGAAACCCUUGAUCUGACCGGCCUCAAGUCGGGCACCACUGUUAUCUUCGAGGGUACUACCACUUUCGGCUACAAGGAGUGGAAGGGUCCCCUGAUCUCCAUGUCCGGUACCGACAUCACUGUCAAGCAGGCCUCCGGCGCCAAGAUCAACUGCGAUGGUUCCCGCUGGUGGGACGGCAAGGGCAGCAACGGCGGCAAGACCAAGCCCAAGUUCUUCUAUGCCCACAAGCUGGACCAGUCCAGCAUCACUGGACUCAAGGUCUACAACACCCCCGUCCAGGGCUUCAGCAUCCAGGCCGACCACCUGACCCUCACCGAUGUGACCAUCGACAACUCCUCCGGUACCUCCGAGGGCCACAACACCGAUGCCUUCGACAUUGGCUCCAGUACCUACAUCACCAUUGAUGGCGCCAAGGUCUACAACCAGGACGACUGCUUGGCCAUCAACUCCGGAGAGCACAUCACUUUCACCAACGGCUACUGCAGCGGUGGCCACGGUCUCUCCAUCGGCUCCGUCGGUGGCCGCAGUGACAACACUGUCUCCGACGUGACCAUCUCCAACUCCCAGGUCGUCAACUCCCAGAACGGUGUCCGCAUCAAGACCGUCUACGAUGCCACCGGUACCGUCGAGAACGUCAAGUUCGAGGACAUCACCCUCUCCGGCAUCACCAAGUACGGUAUCGUCGUCGAGCAGGACUACGAGAACGGCUCCCCCACCGGUACCCCCACCAACGGUAUCAGCGUCAAGGACAUCACCUUCGAGAAGGUCACCGGUACCGUCAAGAGCUCCGCCACUGACAUCUACCUCCUUUGCGGUUCCGGCAGCUGCUCUGACUGGACCUGGUCUGGCGUCAGCGUCACUGGCGGCAAGAAGAGCUCCAAGUGCAAGAACGUUCCUUCCGGUGCCUCUUGCUAAGCGGGUGGAUUUGUUCCUGCUCGAAGCUUUUUUGGGCCAUCAGAGUGCGAUCUCGAGGUGGAUGGGGUA